CUCGUUGCCGUACGAGUCUACGACAUUCUUUGACAGUUUCUACGUCUCCUUGUGCACACGACGCGACAACGCUUUUGAUAUUGUUUGUUGUUGGCGGGCAUUUGCAUAUCGCAGAGAGCAGACUCGGAAGCACCGAAGCCACCCGUAUUGACGUACUCGUAGGGCUGAGUGAGCUGUCUGUUUACGCUCACCCUUCCCGGCUUUCCGCCCCCUUCCACACAUACCAGGACUUUGAGGAUCUGGAUACACACAAAGACGAACGAUAUGCGGAUACCGCAGUCAUAUAUUCAGAAGUGCAAGGUGGUGGCACAUGUUUUCCAGGCCAUCUUCGUCUUCAUAGCAGCAUGUCUGACCAUCGCCGUUAUGACCAAGGACGGAGAUAUUGGAGGGGCUACUAGGUAUUUCUUUGCUAUGUGCUUCCUAUCCAUACCCGCCAUCAUCUACCUCACAAUGGUACCCAUGUGGUCGCGCGCCCAACGCUUCGCCUCCGCCUACGCUUUCCUCGCUGUCGACGCUUUAUACACUAUCCUUUGGUUCGCGGCCUUCAUUGCGGUGGCUAUGUGGAACGCCCACGGUAUCAAGGAGGGAGCCAAGAAGGAGAAGAUUUCGGAUGAUGACCGGAAUUGCACAACAUUCCUUUAUGGAGACGAGGCCAAGUGCAAAGUCAGCAAGGCUGCUGUAGGUGUAGGUGUCAUGGUGUUCCUCUUCUUCGCCAUCACAACGGGCGUAUCCGGCUAUUACCUCCACAAAUAUCUCCGUGAAGGCGUCAUGCCCUACCAAUCCUCCAAGGAGAACACACACUACGCUUCCGGCGACUCCGCCUACAACAAUCCCAAAGACACAACCUGGUCCACUGAAAUCGAAACCGCAAACGGUCGCGACUCAUCUGAUUCCCUUGAUCGCCGCACAGAUCGUGGUGGCAACCAAGAAGAAGACGAAUAUGCGCUGCUACACAGCACAGAAACAGAUGAAGGCAGACACCCUGGUCGACCACUGAGUUGGGGUGAGGACAGGAAUGGAACUUAUGGCGGUGGUGGCAGAACCACUGUUCCUCCAUAUGCGGAAUACAGGGAUAGCGGCAGCAUAGCUGCUGGCGUGGAUGCAUUAAGUCCAGGCGGUUAUGAAGAGUAUAGGAGAGAGGCCAGCGCGGGGCCUUUGGGUGGCAUGGGUAUGGAACGACAACCCAGCCACGUCAGUCACGCUGGGAGUGGGUAUAGCUUUAGUGGCGGGCCAGAGCGCCUGAAUUAAAGAGGCACGGUCGGGGGAGAGGCGUUGACAUUGAGUCAUUCUUGUUUAUGAGUGCUUCUCUUGUUACAGAGUUGCUAGAUCACAUUGCAUUGGGCUUAUGGUUGG